UCAAGCUGCUAGAUGAAACGUGCUUGAAUUUGCAAAAACCUCCUUAAAACUCCUUGAAUUCGUUUCUUGCCUUGAAAACUGCUUGAAAAGUGCUUGAUUUUAUGAUAAAAGUCCUUGAAUUUCCUUCUUCAGAAAUUUUGGUCAGCUUAAUAAAAAAGAUCGUAAAAGACGCUUUGUUAUAUGUACGCAUCGCCACGUUUUAUGUCUACGUAACCUAUGUGUACCGUACGAUACGGGUUUUAAACAGACCGGGACUAGGAAAAUUACGACGUGUAAAAAUUACAGACACCAUUUCCGUUACCGAUAUCGAAGAAAAUGUCGUGUAUUUUCAACAAAAAGUGGCUUGUAUCAUAUCCAUGGCUGCUCGAGCUCGAAAACAAACGGAAAGCCAUGUGCAAAUAUUGUAACAAAGUUAUUGACAUUAGUUCAAUGGGUGAAAUCGGCGCUGAAAUCGCACGUCAAGUCUGAGAAGCACAAGAAAAAUGUACCUGAUCGAGAGUCACCCACGGCCACUCUUGAUGUGUUUACUAUUCUACCUUCGCCCCCAGCAGCCAGAGGCACCUAAACUUGAUCUUAUAUGACAUGAUAAGUCGCUGUUGAUGUAAGAAGUGUUGAUCAAUUGUUUGCCAGUUAUUUUGUGUGUGAUAGUGUUGAUCAAUUGCAAAUUGGAACUUUAUAGAAAAACUUAUAUCACGUGAUAGUAAUUUUGGAUGUACGAAGUGUUCACCAAUUGUAAGCCAGUCAUUUCGUGUGUAAUAAGUGCUUGUUCAUUGUUUUGCUUAACCUUGAAAACGUAAUAAAAUUCCUUGAAAACUCCUUGAAAACCCCUUGAAUUUUUUUGACAGUCUGGUUGUAUGAACCCUGAAAACUGACUUUCAGUGACCAUGAAUUUGACCUCUUGUCUUCUGUUAGUGUGGUAGCACACCAAUUUUAAAACUGACUUUCAGUGACCAUGAGUUUGACCUACUGACCUACUUGUACCUGUUACCUGUUAGUGUGGCAGCACACCAAUUUUAAAACUGACUUUCAGUGACCAUGAAUUUGACCUACUGACCUACUUUCUUAAUAUUUUAGCAUCAGUUUGACAUUUGAAACAUGUAGCUCAUAUUACUCAGGUGAGCGAUCCAGGGUCAUCAUGACCCUCUUGUCUUCUGUUAGUGUGGUAGGACGGAUGUUGCAUUCUGGGCUUAACAGAGCCAAAAGGGUCAGAGAGGCUGAUACACGGGUGUUCAUAGUGCCUUCAAGGUUUGUCUGGAAGUUAGUUUUCUUAAAACAACCUCUGCUCAUGUCCCAAUAGUUUAUCUUCAUCAGACUUUGUAGUAUACUAGCACGGAUCUUUCUCAAAAAUAUUCUUCAGGUUCUGCACCACAUUACAAAAGGGGCAGUUAAAACUAAAAGCAAGAAUUCAGUGAGAGCUGUUUGAAUAGGUGGAUGCCAUAGCCUCCAUUCACGGAUGUUCACAAAAUUUGGUUAGAAUAUGCCUUCCAAGGGCCUUCCUUUUGUUUGGAAGCUUGUCUGUUAGGCUGCCUGUGUUGGUCACCAGAUGAAAAUGGAAAAACAGAUUCUGAAAAAUAUCUCGCGAACUGCUUGAUGGCUCUUGGUGGAAGUCAAUGAGGAGUCCUAUGCGCAAACCCCAUGUUCCUAUCUUAAAUGUCAAGACCACAGUUGGAAGUCACAGGUUAAAUUGAAGUUUGUCUAGAUCAUUCCUUCUUCGUAGGAUUUUGAUGUAACUUGGCAUGAAUAUUCACCAUUAUGACACGGAGUGUCAUGCGCAAGAACCAGGUCCCUAGGACUAAGGUCAAGGUCAAAAAUAGAGGUCAAAGGUGCUGGCGGGCUCGACAUUCUGCCCGUGGGCAUGCAGAAUGUAUUUCUAGUUUUAAGAUGGUGCUGCUUCAAUGUACACAGAGGUUGUCAGAGAUAGAAAUAGAAACAAACUUUAAAUAACUUCUUUAGAGAUUGCUAAUAAGCUCCUUGCCAAACAUGGUCUGUAGCGUCUUUGCAUAAACCUAUUUGUGUUUCGUUCAGAUAAAUGUUCUUCUCCACUGCAAAAAGAUGCCACCAGAGCUAAGAUUAGACAAAUCCUAUAAAAGAAAAUUUCGAACUUGUGAAAAUGUGCAUCAACCAUCGACCAGAAAGAUGUAGUUUUUUACGUAUGCACAAAAAUAUCUUUAAAAUGGUGAAAAAACUACAGAAAAACACGCAUGUUCUUUUUCUGGUUACAUAUGUGAAAGGUGGCAAACGUCAGAGAUGUGGGUGGCAAACGUCAGCGAUGUAGGUGGCAAACGUCAGCGAUGUGGCAUUUGCAGCCAAAAACGUUUCUCUCACGAAAAAUCAGUCACAAAAAGAUGGCAUAAUUUAUCAAAUUAAUAUAUUUCACCAGCCGAUUGCUCAAAUACUGUUGAAAAUAAGAAAAUAGAGAGUACUCGUAAUCAUUCUCAAAUACUGUGAACUAAUAAAACUCGUAGAAGAAACAAUUUUUCGAUGUUGCGAUAAUCACGAACUUUCAUUCCAACACACAAGUAUAAUUCUUAUUCACAAUUCUAAUUCAGAAGUUGAAAUCCCCAAAUUUCAUAUACACACGAAAUAAUUGUUUUGGCCCAAUUCACACAAUUUCAUGCCCAGAAAUUAAACGCUUUCACUGAGUAACACUUUUCGUCAUUGCAAAAGCGUAAAACAAAAUUAGUAUUUCGUUUUCUUGUGUUAUUUCUUGAAAAGUAUUUCUUUGCUUUGAAUGUUGAUGUUUUUAUUUUAAUUCAACUACGGCUACAUGAUAUAAUAAUUUCUCCUGUCGCUAUUCGACAUUUGUGUACACUCGGGCUUUAUCAUAUGCCUCUGACGUUGACGUCAUGACGUCACAAAAACAAUUGACGUCGCUCAUUAGUAACGACAGAUCAUUGAGGUGAAGCUGACAACACUGAAUUCUUCCAAAUUUUUCAUCAUGAAAUCGUAAUGGAUAACGAAAAUUGCGGAUGUUUUGCGUGGAUUGUAAGCUUCAGGCAAUCAUGCAAUGAACGGUGGGCAAGAUUCAGAAAUCGGCUCCGCCGACGAUUUUAUGCUCGCAGGGGUCAGACCAUAGACCCAUCAACAAUUGUAAACGAGACUGGUACCAGGGACAUGGUUCUCAGUAAAACUCCAUACAAGACAAACAAAGUACUACCAGAAAGCCUAGCUGCUACAAUGGCAGCUGAAAAAGAACGUCCAGUAGUUGUUGGAAGUGUGCCUCCUACAGGACGCUACGACGACUUUGAAAAACUAGUCGAAGAGUACGUGUCUUGCAUUGUAGCCAAGGCUAGAGAAAGUUUGUUGAUGGAAACUCAGGCGGUGCCAGGCAACAAAAAUGUCAUCGUGGAGAAUUCUGCGGACUAUAUUUCCUUGUCAUCAAGUGUUAUCAGUCACAUCGCCGACAUUGCAGUGACAGAAAGCCUUUCCAAUGCUUUGUUAGAAUCGAACAUCAACCAAUCCUCCAUUCACAGAGACAUCAAAGAAUUGAUGGUGCAGAUGUCUUUGAAACUGUUGGCGGAAAAGUUAAUCGAGGACGACCAACUUACAGUUAGAUUUUAAAUGUUGAAAAGGAUACAACAAGACGAAGCUGAUUUGUUAUCAAUAUUUUGCAUAUAUGUUCAUAUUUUAAAAUGUUUUCAUGAGGUUCUGAAUUUUAUUUUUUGCAAUAAAGUUCAUAGAAACUUCAAAAAAUGGUUGUUUUAAGUGCAUAUACUGUUUGUCAUUUUUUUUCUUCUUGAACCCAUUGUAGCUGACCAUAUUUGAUAUUCAUAUAAGCUAAUAACAGUACCAAAGAAUCCAGCGCGGGAGCCAUCUGGUCUAGGUAUAAAAGUACUAAUGAAAUAGGAUAAAGGCGGAAAGAAGAUUUUCCCCAGUUAAAGUGGUAUUUUCAUGUUUUAUAUAAGCCAGUUUCUGUUUUUAUUUCACUGUGGACCUAUACUUGAUACAUGAGUAUCAAUUUCUGUAACCGCGCAGUCUGGUCAGGAUCAUUGCAGUUUCUCCAAUUCCAAUAGGCUUCAAAAGCGAACAGCAUGGAUCCAGACUGGUCUGGAUCCAUGCUGGUCGCAAACCCAUUAUGUUGGUUUUCUCGUGGCACGGCUCAUUUAUAUUCCACGUAAUAUUCUUUUUAAUCACAAGCUAGUUAUUGUAACGGCAUAUCUAGUGUAUACGCCUGAAUUUCAAUCCAGAGUGUCUCGGGUUGCAACCUCGGUCCAGUCACUGCGAAUUUCUGAGAUGCUCUUGAGGAUCUACAACCUGACAAAGAGGCCAGUACCGGUUUUUUCCCAACUAUUUCGCGUGUAUCGGUGCUAUAAAUCGGACACUUUAAAUAAU